GGGAAAUGUCUGCCUGCCUGCCUGCAAAUUUUUAAUUGGGGAUAUUUAUAAGUCAAAACACAUCCUUUCAAAUUUUCCACUGACCACACUACUGACUACUUGCAUCUUCCAAAAUUCAUCAUUUUAUGCCUGCCUGCAAAUUUUGCUUUCAUUACAAUGUCAUCAACAAUGUUUCUAUCUCCCACAAUGCUCACAAAAUUCCCAAAAAUCACCAACUCAACCCCACAAAAUCAACCCAAUUCAAUUUCAGUCCCAACCCCUGAAAAAAACCAUCCAAAUUCAGCCACAAAAACAGCUCCAUGGAUGAAGGGUCCUCUUGUUCUUAAACCUAAUCAAGUUAUUGACUUUACAAAGCCAAAAUCCAAGAAAAAGGCUUCUGAUAACAAUGACAAAAAGCCCACAAAUUUACUGACCAAAAAAGUUAGUGGGGGAAGAGGGAAACAAGCGAUGAAGAAAAUCUUGUGUAGUAUUGAUAAUCUUGAAGAAAAAACUGAUGCCCAGAAAAAAUUACAAGAUUUUGAGUUUGAUUUGGAGCUGGGUGUGUUGGGUGAUGACGAUUAUGAUAGUGGUGAUGGAGAUAAGAAAUGGGUAAGGCGGAAAAUGCCGUGGGAAAAGACGGAAAAGAUGGUUUUUAGGAGGAUGAAAAAGGAGAAAAUUGUGACUGCUGCUGAUAUGAAUCUUGAUGAGGAGUUACUUGAGAGAUUGAGAAAUGAGGCUAGAAAGAUGAGGAAUUGGGUGAAGGUUAAGAAAGUUGGAGUAAGUGAAGGUGUUGUUGAACAAAUUCGGUUGAUUUGGAAAAGUAAUGAGCUUGCUAUGCUUAAGUUUGAUAUGCCGUUGUGUCGAAAUAUGGACCGAGCUCGUGAAAUAGUUGAGCUUAAAACGGGAGGAUUUGUGGUAUGGAGUAGGAAGGAUAUCCUUGUUAUCUAUAGAGGAUGCAAUUACAGAUAUAUGAGCCGUUUUUCACGUAAUAUGUACAGCAAUGGAACCAUAUAUGAAACAGUUGAUGGACAUGAUGAUAAAGGGGAGACCAUACCUGUACAAGGGUCACUUUAUGAGAGGGAAGCUGAUAGAUUGUUGGACGGGUUGGGACCUCGGUUUGUUGAUUGGUGGAUGCCAAAGCCAUUGCCUGUUGACGCAGACUUGCUUCCUGAAGUGGUUCGUGGUUACAAGCCACCAUCACGGCUUUACCCGUUAAGGGGUAGAGCUCAGCUUACAGACAGAGAGUUAACUCACUUGAGGAAGCGUGCUUACUAUUUACCUACCCAUUUUGUCCUCGGUAGAAACCGAAAUCUCCAAGGCUUGGCUGCAGCCAUCUUAAAGCUAUGGGAGAAGUGUCAUAUUGCAAAGAUCGCAGUGAAGUGGGGAAUUCCCAACACAAGCAAUGAGCAAAUGGCUUCUGAACUUAAGCUUCUCACUGGUGGGGUGUUAUUACUACGUAAUAAGUUCUAUAUAAUACUUUAUAGAGGCAAAGAUUUCCUUCCUCCCAAUGUUGCAGACCUUGUUGCUGACAGAGAAAUGGAGUUGUAUAAUUUCCAACUUCAAGAAGAAACUGCACGUGCUUAUAUAGUUGAAACCUUUGACUAUAUUGACCAACCAUUAUCGGAUCUUAGCACUGUUGGUACUUUAAAAGAAUUUCAGAUAAUUCAGACAGAACAUGAGGGAUCCAAGGCUGGAAUUAGUGAAGCUGAAGUUCAAGUAGAAGCUGAGAAGUUGAAGUUAGAAAAAGAAAUACGCAUUCAAGAGCACAAGUAUUUCAUUCUUAAAACGAAGAUGAGAAGGGCGUUAAAAGAGUUAGAAAAGCUAAACUCUUCAUGGGAUCCCAUUGAGCUGAAUGAGGAUAGAGAGAUCAUAACAACUGAAGAGAGGGAGUGUUUGAGAAAGAUGGGAUUGAAGAUGGAUAGCACGUUAGUACUUGGACGGCGUGGUGUGUUUGAUGGUGUAAUAGAAGGUCUGCAUCAACACUGGAAGCAUCGGGAAAUAGUGAAAGUGAUCACCAUGCAACGAGUGUUUUCUAGGAUCUUGUACACUGCACAAUGUCUUGAAGCUGAAAGUGGUGGGGUACUUGUUUCCAUAGAUAAGCUGAAACUCGGGUAUGCUAUAAUUAUUUAUCGGGGUAAGAAUUAUAAGCGCCCUUUAAUGUUAUCACGAAACCUCCUUAGUAAAAGGGAAGCACUACAAAAAUCUUUGGGGAUGCAAAGACUUGGGUCAUUGAGGUUCUUUGCAAAUAUGAGACAGCAGGCGAUAUAUGAACUCAAGUGCAAGUUGGACACUCUGAAGUAUGGCGGGAUGAUUGAAAAAAGGUGACAACUUGAAGAAGAAAGAAAGGCAUUGAAUCAACUAAAAUUAUGUGGAAUUUUUAGUUGCUGCUAGGUCAAGUGCAGCUACUUCUGUCCAUGCUCGAGUGUUGGGCUGGCUACUCUUUGACCUCCGUGUUAAAUUGGUUAACAAGGAGUUGGAUGCUAUGUUCCAUUGCCCGUAGCUCCAGUCGGCCUAAUUGUAUAGGCAUACAAAUUUAUGGAGAUAGAAAGCGCAACUCACAACUGUACCAACGGAUCCAAUCUGAUUAAAGUUUUCAGGUGUCAUUCCAUUCUUCCUGAGAAAGUGAACGAUGAAGCUUCAUGUUAUGCUAUCUUACUGAUGGAUCAUUUCAUUCAUAAUGUCAAUAGUUGAAUCAAAAUUUACAUGACUAAAAAUACCAAGUGGAUUAAUAUCUAUCAAUAUUCUUAUUAUAUGCUUCGGUGCUUAUAGUUUACGUAAUAUAGCUAAAUAAGUACAAUCAAGAAACUCGAGAAGAAAAAGUGUUCUUCGUGUUGAUAGGUUUAGGACUGAUCAUAUAGGAGCUGAUCAUCUUUGGCUUGUACUUCUCUUUGAGGCAUUUGUAUACUUUCUUAUGUAUAAUCACUCCUUGCUCAAAUCGUCAAAGUGAUAUAUUCAUUGCGAAUAUGAUCGAUGCUGUCAUCUUAAUACUA